AUGUCAUCUAGACGGAAUAAACGACCUUAUAAAGGUUUGAUUCUAAAGCCCAAACCAAUAAAACCAGGAUCUGGGUUUGGAACAGGAACAAGAUCAGGUUUAGGAACAGUUUCAGUUACGGCCUCCCCGUUGGCUCUGACAUCUACUACAGCCACAACUAUAAUUAGUUUUCAAAAUGGUCAUACUACUUAUAACGUACCAAAUUCAGGAAACGUGUCGCCUUCAACAUCAUCAACUUCUACAAAUUCAUUAGUAACGAAAAAACAUAUUAAAAAAAGUCUACAGAAUGAUUUCAAGUUAAAGUCUGCCGUCAAUACUAAUAAUAAUGAUAAUGAAGACAACAUACCUUCCAAUAACGGAAACAAUAUCUUCGGUGUAGUGGGUGACUUAUAUGAUAUAUUUGAUGCUAAUAAUUUCAAUGAAUUUGAAUUCUUAUAUUCAAUUUACGUCCCUAAUAAAUACUUGAUUAAAAAUAACAGAAAAUCAAUUAAACAUUUACUAAUUCAUUUACCCAAAAUUUAUCAUGAUUCCACUGCCAAUAGCUCGAGCUCCACUACCAACACAGCCAACAAUAAUCAAUCAACUAAUAUCAAUUUGUCAAUUCAUUUAUUCCUAAGCACGAUCAUGGUUAAAUUUGUUAAUUCUUGGUAUUUGACGAAAUUAAACACAGCAAAUCUACAGUUUUUAAAAUUAGUAUAUCAAUUAAUGGUUGAUUUUAUUAAAGACGUUAUAGCAAGAAUAGAAUCGGUAGAUAUAUUGUUGAUGAUUGAUCAAUUUGGUGAUAUUUUGAACACCCAUUUAAAGCAAACCGUCCCCACCAAAUAUUCAGAUAAUAACAAAUACCCAUAUAAAUUUCUUGAAGAUUAUUUUUCCAAUCAAAAACCAAAGUUGAACACUUUUGAUUUUGAUAAACUGACAUUACAAGUAACCAAUGAUUAUUUGAAAUCAAAUCAUAUAAUUUUUGAAAAUUUCAAUUCUUCUUCCAAAAAUCACGACCCAAGUAAUGAGAUGUUGUACUAUAGACUACUUGUCAAGAAUGUGUUAUUGGCAUCAUUUAAAGACAGAGAAUUAAGUCCUUCUACAUCAAAAAUAACUAAUGAUUUAAUAGUCCAUAUUUUAAGUGAUAUUGUUAUUGUCAAAUUAAUUGAGAAAUUAUCGUCCCAGGAUUUUAUUUUUGACAAAUUAAAUGAAAUAUUAGAUGGGUUGUUAUUGUUAUCAUCCUCGUCCUCCACCUCGUCCUCUUUCUCGAAUUCAGUUGAGUCUAAUAAUGUUAAAUUGGAACCCACAUUUUACCAGUCGUGGAGUGGAAAAUUGCAAAAAUCGAUUGCUCAAGUAUAUUCUGGGUUUACCAAUUUUAUUGUACUUUCAUCUAACAGUAAAAAAUCUCAGUUGAAAGGAAAUGAAAAUAGCAACCCUGCAACUCGUGUGAGUGGAGUUUUAAAUUGGUCGUUAUUUUCACUAUUAAACACCGUAUUCAACUUACAACAUCGGAAACCAUUCUUUUAUAAUUUGAUAAUUUCAAUUAAAUCAUUACUCCAAAUGAAUAAUAGAAUAGCGGGUUCAAUAGAUCGAAUUACUGGAGAAUUUAUUAAAACGAAAAUUAAUCAAUCAAUAACUCGAGAUAAAGUUGCUAGAAUUAUCAAUGAUUUGCGAGUAAACCUAUUUUACCUGUCACUGGACGAUCAAGACCCAGUAGAUAUAGACAAAAAAGAACAAGUGUCAAUUGAUAUUUUAACUGAUAAGAUCAUCAAAGUUUAUAAAGCAUAUUUGGCCAAAUAUCUAGAUUUAUCAUACAAAGAAGAAACUGAACAAGAUUUGAAAGAUUCAAUCAAGCUGGUUUUGAUUAUCUUUCAACAGAAAGAGGAAAAUGAAAGUGACCUACAACAGUAUUUGGACAAUAGAGUCAACAAAUUGCUUAUUAUAAAGUUAUUAGAUUGUGUUAUUGGAAAUUUAUAUACUGAUAUAUAG